CCUCUACUGCUGAGCGUGGUUCGACAGGGAGUCUAUUGGCAUAGCUGUCGGGUAUACUGUAUCUGCCUUGAUUCCGAAGGCUCCAGGCACGUCAUCUGGUUUAAGGCAUCCCAACGCACACUUGGCCUACUGAAAGAUCAUAUAUCGAAUGGCAGGCCCAGUGUCUCAUUUUCGGUGAUGUCACUAACCCUCGUUUGAGUCCGUUAAUUUAGACGCUCUAAAUUUCAUUUGCUUGUUGUAGCGUACUUAUCUGCAC